AUGGCACCAUUAAACGGCGACGUCGAGAAUGGCGACGUCGAAAAAGAGCUGCGCGGCAAUCCUGAGCCCGCUGCCGACGAAAACAUGGGUGAGUACGGAAACCUUGUGCGAUACAUCUCAACCUACAAGGACGGUCGAAGAGGUUCCACGGUGUCAUCAAUUGCCAAUGACGAGGAGCCAAAGAAGAAGUUCUGGCAGAAAAAGUCCAAGGGCACCGACGGCGUCUUCGAUACGCCAGACGAAUGGCUCAACACCGACAUGAAGCAGGGUCUCUCGGACCAUGAUGUGGAAACGCGUCGCAAGAAGACUGGAUGGAACGAAUUGACCACUGAACACACCAACCUCUUCAUCCAGUUCUUGUCAUACUUUCAAGGACCUAUUCUCUAUGUCAUGGAACUCGCUGUCCUCCUCGCUGCUGGUCUGCGUGAAUGGAUUGAUCUCGGUGUCAUUAUUGGUAUUCUAAUGCUUAACGCUAUCGUCGGUUGGUACCAAGAGAAGCAGGCAGCAGAUGUUGUCGCCAGUCUUAAGGGUGAUAUCGCCAUGCGAGCAACCGUUGUUCGUAAUGGUCACGAGGAAGAAAUCAAGGCCAGAGAACUCGUCCCUGGUGACAUUAUCGUUAUCGAAGAUGGUGAAGUCGUUCCAGCUGAUUGUCGAAUUAUCUGCCAAUACGACAACCCCAACGGUUACCAAGAAUAUAUCCAAGAAUUGAAUGCUCAAAUGGGCGACACCCACGAGGAAGCCGACGAUGAUGAAGAAGAGGGUGAGAAGCAUGGAUCUGGAUAUGCCAUCCUCGCCAUCGAUCAAUCUGCUAUGACGGGAGAAUCCCUCGCUGCCGACAAGUACAUCACUGAUGCUGUUUACUACACUACUGGUUGCAAGCGUGGCAAGGCCUUCGCCAUCGUCACCCACUCUGCUAAGAUGUCUUUCGUCGGUCGCACAGCUUCAUUGGUUUCUGGCGCUCAAGAUCAGGGACAUUUCAAGGCUAUCAUGAACUCCAUCGGUACGAGUUUGUUGGUUUUGGUCGUUGGCUGGAUUCUCAUUGCUUGGAUCGGAGGUUUCUUCCAUCACUUGGGCCUCGCGACUCCCGAAUCUCACUCCACCACCUUGCUCCAUUAUGCGCUGAUCUUGUUGGUCGUCGGUGUUCCCGUCGGUCUGCCUGUUGUCACAACGACCACUCUCGCAGUCGGUGCCGCUUAUCUGGCCAAGGAGAAGGCUAUCGUCCAAAAGCUUACUGCCAUUGAGUCUCUUGCAGGUGUCGAUGUUCUCUGCUCCGACAAAACCGGUACCCUCACUGCCAAUCAAUUGAGCAUCCGCGACCCAUAUGUCGCAGAAGGCGUCGAUGUCAACUGGAUGAUGGCUGUCGCUGCCCUUGCUUCUUCGCACAACAUCAAGUCUCUGGAUCCCAUCGAUAAAGUUACUAUUCUCACUCUCAAGAGAUACCCAAGGGCAAAGGAGAUGCUUGCUGGUGGAUGGAAGACGGACAAGUUCACUCCCUUCGACUCUGUCUCCAAGCGUAUCACUGCCGAAUGUCAAAAGGAUGGCGUCAGAUACAUCUGUGCUAAGGGUGCUCCCAAGGCCAUCUUGAACCUCAGCAACUGCUCCAAGGAAGUUGCCGAUAUGUACAAAGCCAAGACUACCGAAUUUGCUCGUCGUGGUUUCAGAUCUCUCGGUGUUGCUGUCAAGGAAGGUGACAACGACUGGCAAUUAUUGGGAAUGCUGCCUAUGUUCGAUCCUCCUCGUGAAGAUACCGCUGCCACCAUUGCUGAAGCUCAAGUUCUCGGUCUCUCCGUUAAGAUGCUUACUGGUGAUGCCAUUGCUAUUGCCAAGGAAACUUGCAAGAUGCUUGCCCUUGGUACUAAGGUUUACAACUCUGAACGUCUCAUCCACGGUGGUCUUUCCGGUACUACUCAGCACGAUCUCGUUGAGAAGGCUGAUGGUUUCGCCGAAGUCUUCCCCGAGCACAAGUACCAGGUCGUCGAGAUGUUGCAGCAACGUGGUCAUCUGACUGCCAUGACUGGUGAUGGUGUCAACGACGCUCCCUCUUUGAAGAAGUCUGACUGCGGUAUUGCUGUCGAAGGUGCUACCGAAGCUGCCCAGGCUGCUGCUGAUAUUGUUUUCCUCGCUCCCGGUCUUAACACCAUUGUUUCUGCCAUCAAGAUCGCUCGUCAAAUUUUCCAGCGUAUGAAGGCAUACAUCCAGUACCGUAUCGCUCUCUGUCUUCAUUUGGAAAUCUACCUCGUCACCUCCAUGGUCAUCAUCAACGAGACUGUCCGUGCCGAGCUUAUUGUUUUCCUUGCUCUCUUUGCUGAUUUGGCCACCAUCGCUGUCGCCUACGAUAACGCUCAUUUCGAAGCGCGCCCUGUCGAAUGGCAAUUGCCCAAGAUCUGGGUCAUCUCCGUUGUCCUCGGUAUACUCCUUGCUCUCGGUACCUGGGUCAUCCGUGGAGCAAUGUUCCUGCCAGACGGCGGUAUCAUCGAGAACUUCGGUUCCAUCCAGGGUAUACUCUUCUUGGAGAUCUCGCUCACUGAGAAUUGGCUCAUCUUCGUCACCCGUGGUGGCAACACCUGGCCUUCAUGGCAACUCGUUGGGGCUAUCUUCGUUGUCGAUGUUCUGUCCACUCUCUUCUGUGUGUUCGGAUGGCUCUGUGGCGGUGCUGGUGAAGCAAGUGACCCAGCUACACACAACAAGAACCUUUCGGACAACGGUCACACUUCUAUCGUUACUGUCGUUAUCGUCUGGGGAUUCUCCAUUGGUGUUACCAUCGUCGUUGCCAUCACCUACUACCUCCUCAACAACAUCAAGUGGCUCGACAACCUUGGCCGCAACACCCGCAGCAAGGCGGAUACCGACAUGGAGAACAUCAUCAGCCAUCUCUCCAAGAUUGCUAUCCAGCAUGAGAAGUCUGAGCACAUCGACCGCUGGGCCCUCGCACCCAAGGCUACUGAGGCCGAGGAGGAUGAUUAG